AUGUCAUCCAGAUUUGUGGUUAACUAUUACCGCAUCCUCUACAGUGUGAUCCUUCUUUUAGUCCACUUCAAUUUAUCCACUGGUGAAUAUGGAAAGAAUAAUUAUGAACAAAUUGAAACAGGUUACACAUCUUCUGUAGAAAAAGAAAUAGUCAAAGCACCGUUGAGUUUUAUGCCAGUUUGUAAACCUCAACAAAUACAUACAUUUUCUCAGCGGCAAAUUCGAUGUGCAUGUGGAGUUCAAUGUCGAUAUGUAUGCCAGACGAAGGCAACUACAAGUACAGAAAAAAAGACAGGAGAAGAACAACAAGGAAAAACUUGUAAGAGAGUUUGUCGACAAAAGCCGUGCUACCGACCACUGUCACACACAGUAUAUCACUAUCGAUUAGUCAAUGGAUUAUGCAGGAUAUAA